GAGAGGGCGGGGUUGAAGGUUUCGAUUAGUUGUCGCCGCUGCUGGGGAAGGUAAAGCGGUGACGGCGGCUUCAGGAGCUGUGGGGUCCCGGACUGGAGGUGGGGGACUCGGCGGGGGGAUCAUUUAAUACCUCACGUCAGAACAAAUAUGUGAACGUUCCUGCCAACUUGUGAGAAUUCUUCCUUUGGACAAUUUUUGUUCUACUUACUGCUCCACUUUCUUAGAAGUUCUAUUUUGAUGCCAUGUUCUGUGGCCUGCAUCAAAAGGGGAGUUUGUCUUCAUGAAGAUUCCUAACAUUGGUAAUGUGAUGAAUAAAUUUGAGAUCCUUGGGGUUGUAGGUGAAGGAGCCUAUGGAGUUGUACUUAAAUGCAGACACAAGGAAACACAUGAAAUUGUGGCAAUCAAGAAGUUCAAGGACAGUGAAGAAAAUGAAGAAGUCAAGGAAACGACUUUACGAGAGCUUAAAAUGCUUCGUACUCUCAAGCAGGAAAACAUUGUGGAGUUGAAGGAAGCCUUUCGUCGGAGGGGGAAAUUGUACUUGGUGUUUGAGUAUGUUGAAAAAAAUAUGCUUGAGUUGCUGGAAGAAAUGCCAAAUGGAGUUCCACCUGAAAAAGUAAAAAGUUAUAUCUAUCAGUUAAUCAAAGCUAUUCACUGGUGCCAUAAGAAUGAUAUUGUUCAUCGAGAUAUAAAACCAGAAAAUCUCUUAAUCAGCCACAAUGACGUUUUGAAACUAUGUGACUUUGGUUUUGCACGGAAUCUAUCAGAAGGCAAUAAUGCUAAUUACACAGAAUAUGUGGCCACCAGGUGGUAUCGGUCCCCAGAACUCUUACUUGGAGCUCCCUAUGGAAAGUCUGUAGAUAUGUGGUCAGUGGGCUGUAUUCUUGGGGAGCUUAGUGAUGGACAGCCUUUAUUUCCUGGAGAGAGUGAAAUUGACCAACUUUUUACUAUUCAGAAGGUGCUAGGACCACUUCCAUCUGAGCAGAUGAAGCUCUUCUACAGCAAUCCUCGCUUCCACGGGCUCCGGUUUCCAGCUGUUAACCAUCCUCAGUCAUUGGAGAGAAGAUACCUUGGAAUUUUAAAUAGUGUUUUACUUGACUUAAUGAAGAAUUUACUGAAGUUGGACCCAGCUGACAGAUACUUGACAGAACAGUGUUUGAAUCACCCUACAUUCCAAACCCAGAGACUUUUGGAUCGCUCCCCUUCAAGGUCAGCAAAAAGAAAACCUUACCACGUGGAAAGCAGCACUUUGUCUAAUAGAAACCAAGCCAGCAAAACUGCUGCCCUGCAGUCUCACCACAGAUCUAACAGCAAGGACAUCCAGAACCUAGGUGUGGGUCUGCCCCGGGCUGAUGAAGGUCUUCCUGCCAACGAAAGCUUCUUAAACGGAAACCUUGCUGGAGCUACUCUUAGUCCCAUGCACACCAAAACCUACCAAGCGAGCAGCCAGCCUGGGUCCGCCAGCAAAGAUCUGACCAACAACAACAUACCACACCUUCUCAGCCCCAAAGAGGCCAAGUCAAAGACAGAAUUUGAUUUUAAUAUCGACCCAAAGCCUUCAGAAGGCCCGGGCACGAAGUACCUUAAGUCAAGCAGCAGAUCUCAGCAGAACCGGCACUCAUUUAUGGAAAGUUCGCAGAGCAAAGCCGGGACGCUGCAGCCCAGUGAAAAGCAGAGUCGGCAUAGCUACAUCGACACCAUUCCCCAGUCCUCUAGGAGUCCCUCCUACAGGACCAAGGCCAAAAGCCAUGGGGCACUGAGUGACUCCAAGUCCGUGAGCAACCUGUCGGAAGCCAGGGCCCAGAUGGCAGAGUCCAAUACCAGUAGGUACUUCCCAUCCAGCUGCUUGGACUUGAACUCUCCCACCAGCCCAACCCCCACCAGGCACAGCGACACGAGAACUUUGCUCAGUCCCUCGGGGAGAAAUAACCGAAGUGAGGGCACUCUUGACUCCCGCCGAACCACAACCAGGCAUUCUAAGACGAUGGAGGAGCUGAAGCUGCCGGAGCACAUGGACAGCAGCCACUCCCAUUCGCUGUCGGCACCUCAUGAAUCCUUCUCGUAUGGGCUGGGCUACACCAGCCCCUUCUCCUCCCAGCAGCGUCCACACAGGCACUCCAUGUAUGUGACCCGGGACAAAGUGAGAGCCAAAGGCUUGGAUGGAAGCCUGAGCGUAGGACAAGGGAUGGCGGCCAGAGCUAACAGCCUGCAGCUCUUAUCACCUCAGCCUGGAGAGCAGCUCCCUCCAGAGAUGACUGUGGCGCGAUCUUCUGGGAAGGAGUCCUCCAGAGAAGGCACCUCUUCCUUCCAUGCGAGGCAGAAGUCUGAGGGUGGAGCAUAUCAUGACCCCCAUUCUGAUGAUGGCAAUGCCCCCAAAGAAAACAGACACCUGUACAAUGAUCCUGUUCCGAGGAGAGUCGGCAGCUUCUACCGAGUGCCAUCUCCACGUCCAGACAAUUCUUUCCAUGAAAAUAACGUGUCAACCAGAGUUUCUUCCCUACCAUCAGAAAGCAGUUCUGGAACGAACCACUCAAAAAGACAACCAGCAUUCGAUCCAUGGCUCUUCCUCCCUCCUAAGGCGGGCCCUCGUGGAAGGGCUCCAUCUCGGCGUCCAGAGAGACCAGGCAGCGUUCUUGACCUUCCCAUGAGGAUCUGAGCACUGACGGGCAAGCGAAUUCUGAAAGGCUGUGGCUAGUUCUGCUCCCCUGAAACAUCUCUUUCAUGGAAAAACCAAUAACAUUAACGAAUCAACCAUCUAACGCUACGCUUGCAUUUUUUUUUUCCCCCUCCCUGGGAAUAUCUGUGUUGUUCAAACAAAACAAAAACAACCGUGGGGAGAGGCGAAUGCUUAAGCUAAAAGAAUUUCUGAUUUCAGAGCUUCAAGUUCACAGCAGCUGUGUAGGGGCGAGAACCCGAAGGGCCCGGGGCAUCUUGACUCGCGUUCCUCAAACACACAGCCCUGCUCGGCUGCACAGUUGGCUGGGUCCGUGAAGCCAAUCUGCAUAAAUAAUCUCUUUUCAGUUUCUUCUUAGAAAGCGCUUCCUUGGACUGGCAUUCCAGCAGGUCUCCGUCUCUAUGAAGAGAACAUUUGUUUCCACUAAAUGGUAAACUCCUCCCGCGUAGAGACAGUCAUUUCAGUUUUGUCUCCCUAUCGGCACACAAUAGGCACAGGAUGAACGAGGGCGGCAUUGAAUUCUAAGCGGAUUGUGAAGGAAGGUGCUUCAGGAUUGACUGGGCCCAUCACCCCAGCCCUGAAGGGCUGCGGAGCUCAGGCCACGGAGCUCAGCGGGACGUCCCUCCCGUGGUGGAGAAGCCCUGGGUCUCCUUCCAGAAGACUGGGUUUGAAAACCAGUGCCCACCCCUUUAGUAAAUAGGAAAACAGAGCAGACUCCCCCCACUUCCCCCGCGAUUUGCUAUUUUAAUGCAAAUAUAACGAAACAAUGCAGAGAAGCUCUCACCCUACACCCAAACCUGUCUGCCAGAGCUAUUAGGAGGCGAUUAUGUAAAGUGAAUGACGUGGCGUGGCACCAUCUUAACCCUGGAAAGAGAUGGCAAGGACAGCUGCAGCAAAGGAGCCUCUGAACGGUGCUAAAUACUGAGCAUCGCACCCGUUCGAUGGGCCGACCGAGCCUCUGAAAGUCCGUGGGAGCUCUUAGGAGGCAGGAAGAAAAGGAGCCCCAGCUCGCAGGGUCCAGGACAAAAUGCUCUAAUGCCUCAUGCGUUCCGAUGCCUCGUAGCAGCUCCUUGGAGCAGGGUCCGCACACCGUGGCCCUUGGGAGCACAGCCAUGCUCAGGCAUUUCCAUGUUGUCGCUGGCAGCUUUCCGGUUGAGGUGUUGAGACCAUAGGGCCCCCAGGGCCACGGAUAUGUACCGCCCGGUCCUUUACUUAUGGCCGGUUUGCUGGCCCCUGCCUCAGAGGAAGGCAUUCAGAAUAGUCAGGAAAAGCUGUUUAGGCUGCAGAACAAACUGUUCCAGAAGCUUCAGAGGCUUAACGCGCACAACAAAGGGUGAUUUUUCACUCAGGUGAUUCAUCCAUUGUCGGUCCCGCAGGGCUUGACUGAAGGGGAAGCCACUUUGUCAGGCAGGGACAGGGACCUCAUUUGCGAGGAGACACGGCUCCCUUGACUGGAACCGCUGGGUGAGCCCCCUGACUGCGAGGGGGCCGGGGAUGCUGGGAAGCACGUGGUAGUUUGGUGGCAAUAGAUCUCCAGGCACAGUAGUAUUUCCUCCACCUGACAGAAGAAGGCCAAGGCCCGAGUCCCAAAGUUAAAAAAACAAUGCAGCCGGGAUUCCGACUCUGGUCUUUCUGCCUCAAGAGCCUGUGAGCGUCUCAACACUGCCGCUUACCAGUAGUUUAUUUUCGAUAAAUUCCAUUAAUCGCUUUCGUUGAACGUUAGGUCCCAUCUUACCAUCUCACCAAGGCCAAGUGGAGAUCCAGGAAGCUAUUCAGCUAUUCCUUUUGGUCUCUUUUUUUUAGCGCCCGCACCCGAGGCUUAUAGAGGUUCCUGGGCUGGGGGUCGAACGGGAGCUA